UGAUCUUGUGAUUAAUUUUUACAGUUAAACUGGAAAAAGUGAUUGAUGUCACUCUCAUGUUUGUUACUAAUGAGUUUGAUGUCUUUGGAUUUGGUCUCAAUACUAGGUAGUUAUAAACAUGUUACUUGAAUGAAACACUACCUCAAUCUUCUCUUAUCAUAGAAACAAUCUUGUAUAAACCAAACACUACCUUAAUUUGGAGACAUGGUGAACGAUCAUCUAGAAUUUGUGUUUGUUCCAUUGGGAUUAUUGGUGUUCUUUUUAUACCAUACAUGGCUUCUCUUCACCAUUCUUCGCGAACCUCAUCGAACUGUCAUUGGCUUAAACGCUGAGUCUCGUCAUCAAUGGGUUCUUGCCAUGAUGAGUGAUCCUUGCAAGAAUGGUGUUUUGGCGAUCCAGACUAUUCGCAAUAAUAUCAUGGCAUCGACUCUUCUUGCUACAACAGCGAUCACAUUAAGUUCACUGAUUGGUAUUUUCACUAGCAGUGGGUGGAAUUCUGAUGACACAUCUUCCAUAUUUCACAGCACUGCUGAAAUCAAGCGUAUUUCGAUUACGGUUUGCUUCCUUGUUGCGUUUUUAUGCAAUAUUCAGUCUAUAAGAUGCUACUGUCAUGUCAGUUUUUUAAUCAACGCGCCUACACUCAGAGAUAAGAAAGCUUAUAUGGAAUAUAUUGCUAAGACCUUGAAUCGGGGAAGUCAUUCGUGGUCAUUAGGAUUGCGAGCGUUUUACUUGUCGUUUACUUUCUUCCUCUGGAUUUAUGGACCUAUACCAAUGUUUGUUUGUUGCUGUUUGACAUCAUUCUGUUUGUACUUUUUGGAUACAACAGCUAGAAUCACAAGGGAUCUUCAUAGUGAUUCGUUCACGAAGGAGAGUAAUGAUGUAGAAUCUGCAUUGGAGACGGAUUAUCAUCCUUUAGCCGGUAACAAUUUAGCUCAAAAUGCAGCUGUUGAUAAUGUGUAAAAUUGAUGUAUAUUCGUACCAGUUACUACAAUUUAUGCGAUCUUUUUGUGUAUGAUUGUGUUAAUAUGUAUGAACAUGUGCCUUUGCUGUUGGAAGGAUUCACUGAGAGUAGAGUUCUAGGUAGUGAAAUUUAGUUUUUUGCUAAUGGUGGUAGAAUUGAUUUAAGGUGCAUUUGCAUUUGUUAGAGUUGUGUUAUGCGUGAUAAAUAUGUAUUAUUGAUUUGAGAUAUUAUCUACCUUAUUUCCUUUUAUGUAAGUAUUCUAAUUAUGCAACAUUCACUCCCUGCUAUCAUGAGAUUUGCCUUCUACAUAUUUUUGUUUUAAUUACAAAACUAUGAGAGCUAAUCCCUCGAGCAAUUUAGCCAAAAACCUUAUCCCCAACUUGGUUUUAGAACUCGCAAUUAAUGUGGACCCAAGAGGAAAAGUCCAAAAGUUUAAAAACUACAGCCAUCAAGUUACAAACUUAACUAAUUGUUCUGUUGGUUGACCACCACUACCGUCCCUGAGAAGACAAGCAUGGUUCCCAAACCAGCAGAGUCUUCGGCCAUUGUUUCAAAUUUUGCAGGUUGUAGGGGUGGUCAAGGUGUAGUUCCUCCUCAAACUAUUAAUUGUAAGUGUUUUGGUCAUACCAAAUAUAAGUGUCAUAUCAAAGAACUUGCUUAGAUGAUCAUACCAAUUUCUAGGAGUUUGUUUAAGACCGUAUAAAGUUUUAGUAAGUUUAAAAACAUGAUCAAGAAAUGUUGAGUUGAUAAAACCUGGAGGUUUAUCAACACAUGCCUACUCCUAGAUGUACCCAUUUAAAAAAGCACUUUUUACUUUCAUCUAAAAAAGUUUGAAGUUCACAAUGCGCAAAAAAGAUAAUAGCAUCUUUAU